AUGUAUUGUGUGGAGGCAUUUCCGCGUCAGGAAACUGCCGCAGGUACACAGCAAACUUUACGGCGCGCAUCUUUGUCAAGGCCUCUUUUUCGGAAACAGCUCUCUCGAACUAGCUUCACCUUUUCAUGUCCUCCCCUUGAACAACAAUGGCUGAUUAUGGCUCUCGAGAUGGACGACGGCUUGCCUACAUUUGAGCCUAUUGGCCCCGCUCCAGUCAUCAGUGACGCCGAAAGACUUCAUGCGCGGCAAAUCCAACCUGACAACCCUGAGAUGGCAAAAGCUGAAGCACUCUGCCUUGCUGGAGACGUAGCCUGGCUACUAAACCGAGCCCCAGCUAGCCGCCCGAGCCCCAGCAUAUCCCGAUGCUAG